GAACACCGCGCAUGCGCACUGCUAAUGUUGUCAGUCGGUGUCUGGUUUGUUAUUUUGGGGGAGGACUGAGAAACAGCUGCACAUGUCUCGGUGAGUGUCCCGAUGGAGGAGGUGUCUGACCAGGACCAUGGAGGUGAAGAGGAACAGACAGCAAUGCUGUGGUCCAUCCAGGAGGCUUUUGAGAGGCAGACCUUGCAGAUAGGAGCCUCAGCCUGCGGGGCCACAGCCGUGGUGGACGUGCUGAAAGCUCUUGGCGUGGAUGUCACACCUGAGGAGGCAGACCGCUGUGUGCAAACACGACUGAGGAGGAACGAGUCCCCACUGCCGGACUACCUGCUGUCCCGGAGUGAAGCUGGGGCAACUCACGCUCAGCUCAUCCGAGGAGCAGAGGAGGCCAGUAAAGGGAAAGUCCUGGGUCGCUUCUUUCACCUUCACCCUCACCGCCUGGUCAGACUCGUCCCCUGGCUUGCUAAUUGGAUGAGAAAAGGCGCCGUACCCAUAGCCACUAUGAACAUGCAGCGGGCCGUACCUGAAGGCGAGGACGUGCCUGACGCUUGGCACCAUCAGCUCAUAUUUGGCGCCGCACCGAAUGCCAUUUUCAUGACCAAUCCUUUAGAUAUGGUAAGCGAAGGAGAGCUACACCAGAGGCUCUGCAGCGAAUCUGUGCUUCUGAUUCGCAGAGAAGACGUCCUGCAGCGACUCACGCCUGAUUGCUGUCUGUCCAGCUUAUCUGACCCCCGGUGGAAAACCCUAGACGUAGAAGGUCAAGUGAAGCAGAUGAUUCUAGAAGAGGAAGAAGGAGAAGCCAAGCUAACACACAUAACCAUCCCUGCAGCGUACAGUUCAGGCGUCACACUUUUCGCUCUGCGACAAUCAGAGUUAGGACAGGAACUCCUCAGCGCCCCUGAGCUGCCUUUGUUAUUGCUGGACUGAGACUUAAGGACUCAUUGUUGCUCAGGUCGACUUAUACAUCGUAAAAUAACAAAUAAAACACAAAAGAAGGA